AUGUCCACCCGCACGCCGCUGCCCACCGUCAACGAGCGGGACACGGAGAACCACACCUCUGUGGAUGGAUACACUGAACCACACAUCCAGCCUAUCAAGUCAAGUAGCAGACAAAACAUCCCCCGAUGUAGAAACUCCAUCACAUCCACAAAUGAAGAGCAUCCUCACAUUGGAAAUUAUCGCUUACUGAAAACAAUAGGAAAAGGAAAUUUUGCCAAAGUGAAGCUGGCAAGGCAUGUGCUUACUGGAAGAGAGGUUGCUGUGAAAAUAAUAGAUAAAACCCAGCUAAAUCCUACUAGCCUGCAAAAGUUGUUUCGAGAAGUACGAAUAAUGAAGAUUCUGAACCAUCCCAAUAUUGUAAAAUUAUUUGAAGUUAUUGAGACUGAAAAGACGUUGUAUUUGGUAAUGGAAUAUGCCAGUGGGGGAGAAGUGUUUGACUACCUAGUUGCGCAUGGAAGAAUGAAAGAGAAAGAGGCUCGUUCAAAAUUCAGGCAGAUUGUAUCUGCUGUACAGUAUUGUCAUCAAAAAUGCAUAGUUCAUCGUGAUCUUAAGGCAGAAAACCUUCUACUUGAUUCGGAUAUGAACAUUAAAAUUGCAGACUUUGGGUUUAGUAACGAGUUCACGGUUGGUAAUAAACUGGACACGUUUUGUGGCAGCCCGCCUUACGCCGCUCCUGAACUUUUCCAAGGAAAGAAAUACGACGGCCCUGAAGUGGAUGUGUGGAGCCUUGGGGUGAUUUUAUACACACUAGUGAGCGGAUCACUGCCAUUUGAUGGUCAGAAUCUAAAGGAACUGAGGGAGCGAGUACUGAGGGGGAAGUACCGCAUUCCAUUCUAUAUGUCCACAGACUGUGAAAAUCUACUGAAGAAGCUACUAGUACUGAAUCCAAUAAAACGAGGCAGCUUGGAACAAAUCAUGAAGGAUCGGUGGAUGAAUGUUGGCCAUGAAGAAGAAGAACUAAAGCCAUAUACUGAGCCCGAACCAGAUUUCAAUGACACCAAAAGAAUAGACAUUAUGGUCACAAUGGGCUUUUCAAGAGAAGAAAUCCAUGAAUCUUUAGUAAACCAAAAGUACGAUGAAGUCAUGGCUACUUACCUGCUUCUAGGUAGAAAACCACCUGAAUUUGAAGCAGGUGAUUCCUUGUCCGGCAGCAACUUGGGUCAAAGGUCUCGUCCCAGCAGCGACCUCAACAACAGCUCGGUGCAGUCCCCUGCUCACCUGAAGGUCCAGCGGAGCAUCUCCACCAACCAGAAGCAGCGGCGGUUCAGCGACCACGGUGGGGAUGAUGUUCCAACAAUUGGCCCCUCAAUUCCUCCUGCUGUGUCAUACACAAAAAGGUCUCAGGCAAACAGUGUGGAAAGUGAACAGAAAGAAGACUGGGACAAGGAAGUCUCACGCAAACUCGGCAGCACUACAGUGGGAUCCAAAGGAGAGAUGGCUGCAAGUCCACUUGUGGGUCCAGAAAGAAAGAAGUCAAGUGCAGUUACCAGUAAUAAUGUGUUUUCUGGUAGUGGAAUGACAAGGAGAAACACUUACGUUUGUGAACGUUCUUCAGAUCGCUAUUCUGCAAUACAGAACGGGAAGGACAACAGCCUGACGGAAAUGUCUGCAAGCAGCACAUCCUCUGCAGGCUCUGCAGUGGUCUCUGUCUCCACACGCCCUCGGCAUCAAAAGUCUAUGUCUGCCUCUGGUCACCCCAUCAAAGUCACACUGCCAACCAUCAAAGAUGGUACUGAAGCUUACCGACCAAGCAGUGCGACUCAAAGAGUGCCUGCUGCCUCCCCAUCUGCUCAUAGCAUUAGCACCACCACUCCAGACCGGACCCGCUUUCCCCGGGGCAGCUCCAGCCGCAGCACGUUCCACGGGGAGCAGCUGCGGGAGCGGCGCAACGCCACCUACAACGGCCCACCUGCCUCGCCUUCCCACGAGACCGGCGCCUUCGCGCACGCCAGGAGAGGCACGUCCACAGGCAUCAUCAGCAAGAUCACCUCCAAGUUCGUUCGCAGGGAUCCAAGUGAAGGCGAAGCCAGUGGCAGAACUGACACCUCAAGGAGUGUUUCUGGAGAGCCUAAAGACAGAGAGAAGGAGGAUAGCAAAGAUUCGAAGCCACGCUCCUUGCGGUUCACGUGGAGCAUGAAGACCACGAGUUCUAUGGACCCGAACGAUAUGAUGAGAGAGAUUCGGAAAGUGUUAGAUGCCAAUAACUGUGAUUACGAACAAAAAGAGAGGUUUUUGCUCUUCUGUGUCCAUGGUGAUGCACGACAAGAUAGCCUUGUUCAGUGGGAGAUGGAAGUCUGCAAACUGCCACGAUUGUCGCUCAAUGGAGUUCGCUUCAAGAGAAUAUCUGGGACUUCUAUCGCAUUUAAGAACAUUGCAUCCAAGAUAGCAAAUGAGCUUAAGCUGUAAAGAGAACCUAAAUUCUUUGGGAUCAGGGAAGAUUCAUACAUGAUCUACACUUUGAAUGUACUGGUUUCGCCUAAUGUGAUUGGCCUGUGAAAUUCCCCAUGUAGAAAUUGCCCUUAUUGCAAUAAGGUUAUACAUAGUUAUUCAGAAUUGUAAAGUUAAAUCCAGUAUGACCUAUAUUAAAUAACUGUAGCUAAAGAAGUUAUGUUCACAUGUACAGGUAAGUAUAUAGAGCAUUCUGUUCAUUUUAUGUUCAUAGAGUUGUAUAAUAAAAAGAUGACUGCUUAAAUUCAGAUCUUGUAUAGUUGUCUAGAUUUCUGCACAGAAAUGUAUGUUUGAUGCUUUGAGUUGGAAAAGUUCUUCUCUAUCAUUUACAUUUUUGGUGGGUUUUAUAAGUCUUACCUCUACCAUGUGUUUUUUAAAAAAUGUGUGUCCUGAGUCAAAUGCACAAACCAGUUUUCACAACUGUAGCAUGACCAUUUUUAGUUAUUUAAAAAUUGUUCAUGGGUUGAACCAAAAGUUGAUGAGUAACUGGCUUUUGUUCUACAUGAGACUGUUCCUGCUUAUCUUUGGCUCUUAUCCUUGUUAUUGGACAGUGUUUAGUUGGAAAAAAGAGACAAAUAUGUUUACAGUGUUGGCACUUACAGUUUAGAAACUUUGUUCUGCCUUUGGCCAGCUCAGAGCUGUGGGGGAACAGAAACCAGGCAUAAGUGAUUUCUGUCUGCAAAUUCCAGUGCUUAUUCCCAUGGCUCAUUAACAAAUGUAGCACCAAAAUGGAGAACCAGAAUUAUUUCAUUUGAAUAUCUUGGUGUAAAAUAUCACUUAUUUGCUGCCUUCAGAAUACUACAAAUUCCAUUUUAUGGAAAUCUAUUAACAUUGGGACUGUUUAAUAGCACAAGAUUAUCUGAAGUGUUGACCAGUUGUGUAAGUUAAUAAUACCACCUCAGGAAUUAGCUUGGCUUUUGGAACAUGUGCCCCCAAAGAGUACAUGCAAAUACAUAAUAUUUUACAGCUAAACAUACAUUGUUUAUAAUAAUAAAUUGUUGAUUUAUGCUUUUGUGGUUGUACAGUUCGUUCCCAUGUAACCUGUUUGUGUUUAAUAUUUUACCAGAUUUCUUGUAUUUAUUCCACAUCAUUAUGCCUGUAAUGUGCAGCUUUGUAAUUAGGCACUUGCCUACAGAAAAGAAAAAAAAAAAGCCCCACUUUUUUUUUCCUUCAUAAUUAAUGACUAUAAACUAUGUAAAACCACUAGUACUGGUACAUUUUAAUACUUGUUCUUUUGUACUGAAUUAACCAUAGAGGUUGGUUGUGCAAUGUUAUUUAAUGUCGUAAUUACUGUAAUAUCAACAUAUGGGCCCCAUCUGCACACUCUUGUGAAGAAUAGAAAGUUCAUUAAGAAAUUGUCACUUUAAAAAAUAAAAAUUAAAAAAAAAGCUGUGGUAAACUCUGUAACCCUAAGUUAGAAAGCUGUAAGU